UUGCCUUGUAGUUGUGGAUAAAGAAGAACACGGCGGAGAAGCAGGAAAAGGGAAAUGGCCACCAGCGCCGUAGCAUCUCCCUUUCCCUCCCUUCGCUCGCGCUAUUCCCAUCUUUCUCGCCUCCUAUCGAAGCCUCCAUCAACAAUCAAUGGCUGGGAGGAUCAGGAAGUCCAUGCCAAUCCCCGUUAAAGCCAAACAAACUGCUCAAAAGAACGCCCUUCAGUAUCGAAAGCUCGGCGAUUCCGACCUCCAAAUCAGCGAAAUCACCCUCGGAACAAUGACGUUUGGUGAGCAGAACACGGAGAAGGAGGCACAUGAUAUGCUCAACUACUCCUUUGAGCAAGGCAUCAACACUAUUGAUACUGCUGAGGCAUAUCCAAUCCCUAUGAAGAAAGAGACACAAGGAAGGACUGAUCUUUAUAUAGGCAGCUGGAUCAAGUCUAGACCCCGUGAAAAGGUGAUUUUGGCAACAAAAGUUUGUGGUUAUUCGGAGCGGUCAAGUUACAUUCGUGACAAUGCAAAGGUUUUGCGGGUUGAUGCUGCUAACAUAAAAGAGAGUGUAGAGAAGAGCCUUAAGCGCCUCAAUACAGAUUACAUUGACUUGCUGCAAAUACACUGGCCAGAUCGUUAUGUACCAGUGUUUGGUGAAUUUAGCUAUGAUCCAUCAAAGUGGAGACCAAGUAUACCGAUUUCGGAACAACUUAAGGCUUUUCAGGAUCUCAUUGACGAGGGAAAGAUUCGAUAUAUUGGAGUUUCAAAUGAAACUUCUUAUGGAGUAAUGGAGUUUGUACAUGCUGCAAAGGUCGAAGGUCUUCCAAAGAUUGUCAGUAUACAAAAUAGCUACAGUUUGCUCAUUAGGUGCAGAUUUGAAAUUGAUCUUGUUGAAGUAUGCCACCCCAACAACUGCAACAUUGGGUUGCUUGCAUAUUCCCCAUUGGGUGGUGGAAGUCUCAGUGGAAAGUAUCUAGACAUCAACUCUGAAGCCGCAAAAAAGGGAAGGCUCAACCUCUUCCCUGGUUACAUGGAAAGAUACAACAAAUCUAUAGCAAAGGAAGUUACGAAGCUAUAUAUAGAGCUGGCUAAAAAACAUGGAUUGACCCCUGUCCAACUUGCUCUGGGAUUCACACGAGACCGUUCGUUUGUAACUAGUUCCAUCAUUGGAGCAACCUCCGUGGAUCAGCUAAAGGAGGACAUUGACACCUUCACUGCAACCACAAGGCCAUUGCCACCUGAAGUAGCAACUGGCAUCGAAGAUAUCUUCAAGAGACACAAGGAUCCAGCCAUUAUUUGAUUCUAUCAAGCCAAUUUCUUUGUGACUUGUUUUUGUUUCAAUGAACCACCAAUUUGAAUUGUGUUUUGCCGGCCCCUUCAUUGUUACUAAGCUGAGCAAUUAUAUAUGAACUUAGACUAUAUAAUAUAUACUUUCAGCCGUUGUUCAAACUCA